AUGACUGAGAAGAGUGAUAUAUGUCUGCUGGGACUGAUCCUUCUCUCUUCACUAUUCACAGGUGUGAGUGGAGCAAAACACACUCAUGUGUUCAUCAGUUCUGGUGAAAGUGUGUCUCUGUCCUGUAAUGAUGAUCUUCAUCAAUGCUCCUCAACUACAUGGAUCUACAAUAAAUAUACAACAUCAUCUACAGUAGAAGUGUUUACUGGAGGAAUAAAUAAGAAUAACUCUGAGAGACUGAGUCUGACAUCUGACUGCUCUCUCAACAUCUAUAACACAACACAACAUGAUGGUGGACUUUACACCUGCAGACAAUAUGUGAAUGGACAUCAUCAUGGACCUGAUUCACAUGUUUAUCUACAUGUUCUUCAUGUGUCUUCAUCAUCAUCAUCAUCAUCACAGACUGAGAUAAGAGCAAACACAUCUGUCACUCUCUCCUGUCAGCUGUUUUCAUAUGACUGUGAAUAUUUGUUCAGUUAUGAUGGAUUUCAGCUGGUGUGGAUGAAUCAGACUGAUGUUGAUCUACAGACAGACUCCAGAUAUCAGAUUAGAUCAGAUAAACUCUGUCUCAUCUCUCUGACUACAACACUCGUGAAUGAAGACGACAACACAGAGUUGAGAUGUGUGCUCAAACACAAGAAUGACAUCAAGACCUCAGUCACAUAUACUGUCAGAUUUACAGUGACCAGCUCUCAAACAGUGACCAUUGCUGUGAUAGCUUCAUUACUUCUUCUACUUACUGUUGCUGUUCUUUGUGUGAUUUAUAUCAAAAGAUCAGAUCAAAGAUUGUCUGGAGACCCUGUGAUCACAUCUAAGAAUGACAAUAAUGGAACAUAUGACACAAUCAACAUUGUUCCUUCUACUCCUAUCACACAUGAGCAGAAAGAUGAUGUGGUUUAUUCUGAGGUAACCGUUGUCAGUAAAAAACAACUGAAGAACAACAUUGUUCAGUCUGCUGGUGAUGUGACUUAUGCCGUCAUCAGAGGAGGAAAAACUGAACCUGAAGACGCUUGAAGAGAUGUUUAAUCCUCCCUGAACAAAACCACUCGCAAAUAAAACACAAACACACAUAAUUAUACAAAACUUAAAUUUCCUUUGACAAACAAACUCAAGUGCAGAUUUGAUUUAUUUGAUGUAUUUUUGGUUGGCUUUGGAAUGUUUGUUUGUUGUCUGUUUGUUUAUUAUUUGAUGUUAUUGUCCACAUGUUAUUGAAUCCUAACAUGUCUGAUGAAUUUUCAUAGGUCUUAUUAAUACUGUACGUGAUCAAAUUGGUGUAGUGUCAUGGAAACAGAUUUCUUAGUUUGACUUUUUAUCUUAAAUGAAGAACCCCAUAAGAAAUGUUAAGACAUUAUAAUGUAUUUAUGUAUGGGCCUAACAUUUUAGACCUCUGUCCCAGCAGAACUUCAUCCUCUGCUGCAAAUGAAUUAUCAUACAUUGUGUAGUGUACUGUAAAGCAUAACACAAUUACUUUCCAAAGUAUGACCAAUGUAGUAGUUUCCAUUAAUAUGACUACACCAGCAACUGUUGCUAAUAAAGCUGAUACAAGGCAAAGUCAGUUUAAAAAAUAAAAAGUAUA